AUGGACAAGACGGACUCUCCGGUGGAGACCAGGAUUGACCUGGAGUGCAUUGAGCAGCAGCUGGGGACGGAGCUCUGGGAGCAGCCAGGGGUGUACCCGGCCGCAGAGGCAGAGACGGCCCUGGAGGAGCAGAGUGAGGGACAGGGGGAGGAGGGCACUGACGGAGACACCACGUCCUCUCCCAGCAGCGUCCAGGUUCUGGUGAAGGACAGGGACCCUAAGGGGGUCAACAAAUGCCUUAAGUUAGAGAAUAGUUCUUUGCGAUUCUGUGAUCACGGCGCUGAUGGUAAACACCUGUUCCUACAGGUCACCUUUGAGGACGUGAUUGCGGAGCCGCCGUCCGUGCGCAGCUUUGAUAAGGUCUGGCUGGGGAGCCACGCCACGUUUGAGGUGUCGCGGCUAUGGUUCUACCGUCUCAUAUCUCUUCUGCUGGCUGUGCCCGUGUCACUGAUUGCAGGCAUUCUGUUUGCCAUCCUCAGCUGCCUUCAUAUAUGGCUGAUCAUGCCCUGUGUGCAGCUCUUCCUCAUCAACAUGCACUGGAUCAAGGUGGUGUGGGGGAGCGUCCUGGACAUCGCCAUCGCUCCUCUCUUCAGCAGCGUGGGCAAGUGCUGUGGAGCUAUAAACAUCCACCUGGCCAAGGACUGAAGCCCUGCACCCCCUCUCUCUCUCUCUCCCUCCGUCUCUCUCUCUCUAUCACUCUCUCUCUCUCUCUCU